AUGAAUUUAUUAGACUUUUAUAAAGCUAGAAAUUCACUUGUUCCAGAAGUUUUUGAACAAAAGUGGACACAGUUGGACUUUACCACUAGCAUACAAACAACAUCUUAUAUUGAGAGUUAUAAUGCUCAAGUAAAAAGGCUAAUUUUAAAUUCUAAUGUUAGUCUUAUCGAACUCGCUGAAGCUCUAGAAGCAAGUAUAGAAGAAGAAAGUAAAAAAGCAAAAUAUGCUUAUUGGAAAACCCAAAUUCCGUUGACAUUAUCUGCAACUACACUACCACAAGCAUUGUUUUAUGAACUUGAUAAGGCUUUGAGUCAUUUUAUUACACCUGGAAGCAAAAAAUUCAGUGUGUUGAAAUCAAAAGAUAUUCAUAGUGAUUUACAAGAAGAACUCUAUUAUAUUGCCGCACAAUUUAGUAAGAAUUAUUCUCAAGAUCAACUUGCAGAAUUUGCUAAAUCUAAUAUGAAUAGAUUGUUUACACCUGAUUUAUUAAAUGAAAUACAAGAGGAUGAGUUAGUAAUUGACUUGGCUGAUGAUGGUGACGGGGAGAUAUGCAGCAAUAGUUUAUAUGAUAAUGAAGAAUAUGAAGAUAAUAAUGUUAAGCAAAGGGAUGCCCAAAAAGUUCUAAGUGAAUCAAGCAAUCAAAAGAAUUAA